CUGACUGCUGUAGGAAUUAUGGUGGUCGUCGGAGACGGCUUACACAAUUUUACUGAUGGAAUAGCCAUCGGCGCCUCUUUUAAAUCAUCCCUUUCGCUUGGGCUAAGCACAUCUGUCGCUGUUUUCUGCCACGAAUUACCACAAGAAUUAGGUGAUUUUGCUAUUUUGUAUGCAAGUGGAAUGGGAUGGAAGAGAGCUUUGAUUUAUAAUCUAAUAUCAGCUUUGCCAUGUUACAUUGGAGCAAUAAUUGGUAUCUUUGCUGCCUCUACAGAUAUUGCUCGUCAAUAUAUGUUUGCAGUAACGGCUGGAUUAUUUUUAUACAUAGCUUUGGUAGAUCUUGUAAGUUAA